GGUAAGGAUGACAUAUUUGGCGGAGACCUUAAAGAUUUGAACACUACGGGGAAAUCUCUUUAUUUUGUCCGUGCUUUAAGUUACUGUGAUAUAAACAAAAUAGAGUUGUCCGACCUGAAAGAUACACUUCACUCAUAUCCAGAAUUUUCCAGUGAAUUUAUGUCUAAGAUCCGAGUUACAUUCAAUUUGAAGCGGGGGACUUUAUUUGAAACACGUAAGAAAUCGAAGAUAGAUGAAGAAAAACUGCGAUUCAUCAGACAAAAACGUCCACAUAUGCAGUCAAAAGGAAAACUUGUCGAUAUUGUAGGUACAGCCGUCAGUGUGGCGACAAGGGGAAGAAAGCACAGCGCCUCACAGACUGAAAGUUGUGAUAACCUUGGAUCUCAUAUGUUGGAACUAUCACCUGAACAGGCCUAUACUGAUAUUGACAAGGAGUUUGAGGACAGGCGCCAUCAAUCGUCACCGCAACCAAAAGAUGACCAAGGUGUUUCACAGAAACAUCGGCAUACACUAGCAUCAAAGACAAGUUGCUCGAGCCAUACAUUAAAAAGAUCUUCACCAGGCGCUUCUACAGCAACUUCAUAUACACCAAAAUCUAUCUCUAGUGGAGGUCAGCGUUUCUCUUGGGGUCAAGGGCAAAUCGAAGGUCGUAUAUCUAACCAGGGGUCAAAUCACGCUAUGGGUGAUAUUGACAAACGUUUAGAACAUUUAUCAGAACGUAUGGGGAAAUUUGAAGACGAUCUUUUUCAGACAGUUGAUGAUAUUUUAUUAUUACUUGGACACAAACCAUCCGUACAACAAAAUCUAAGCCACGAUCUAAAUGUUAUAAACACAGAACAGACUGGAACGAUCGUCAAGGAGAGAAGUACAGUGAAAGUCCGGAUUCCAAUAACUUCUAAGAAAGGGGCACGUUUGGUCAAAUCUCCCAGUGAACUUUCAACACUUCUUGAUAAAAUGUGACAAAAUAUGGACACAGCUUUAGAUUGAUAUAACCGCUGGUAUCAGUGAAUAUAUCAACCUUAUGAAUGCCUGAAAACAACGAUUUAUGACUGCGAUUUAUAACUUUCCAUGCCUUUAAGGUAUUCAUUCCUAUGAGUAUUUAAAUACAAUUUUAAUUUUAUUUCUUAGUUAUCAAACGUUACAUAUGUUCUUAAAACACAAACUGAGAAUGUUUAAUGAUUUUGAUUAGUGCAUUGUUUGAAUUAAAUUGCACGGUCUGAUGCAAAAAAAACAACAACA